AAGCUCGGGCGACGACUCGGAGGAGGCGGGCGGCCCAGGCCCCAGGCCCCUCCCAGGCUGCGAGUCUCCCGGCUGCAGGCGGAUGGAUGGGGCGUCUCCAGGCGGCGGCGGCAGCAGCGGAGGCGGCGGCAGCGGCGGCGGCUAUGGUGUGGUGGCUCGAUUCUCCCAGUGCCUGGCUGAGUUUCGGACGUGGUUAAGAACCAACUGGUUGAGGUUCAAUGCAGACAAGGCGGAUGUGAUGCUGUAUUGGUACUUGAACCCAGGGCCUCACAUACUAGUAGAAAAUGUGCAUCAGAUGUUUAUGUUUAAUUGGUUUACAGACUGUCUCUGGAUUCUUUUCCUGUCACAUUACAAGCCAUCUGUUGAGUCUUCAAGUCCAGGAGGCUCAGCAACAUCAGAGGACCAUGAGUUUGAUCCAUCAGCUGACAUGCUGGUUCAUGAUUUUGAUGAUGAGCGAACAUUAGAAGAAGAAGAGAUGAUGGAAGGAGAGACAAACUUCAGUUCUGAAAUAGAGGAUCUUGCCAGGGAAGGCGACAUGCCAAUCCACGAGCUUCUCAGCCUCUAUGGUUAUGACAGCACUGUUCGAUUACCUGAAGAAGAAGAGGAAGAAGAGGAGGAGGAAGAGGAAGCUGAAGAUGAUGAAGAUCCUGAUAAUGAUGACAACAGUGGGUGUAGUGGGGAAAAUAAAGAAGAGAAUAUAAAGGAUUCCUCAGGUCAGGAGGAUGAAACUCAGUCUUCCAAUGAUGACCCCUCACAGUCUGUUACUUCCCAAGAUGCUCAGGAAAUGAUCCGCCCACGUCGAUGUAAAUAUUUUGAUACAAAUAGUGAAAUAGAAGAAGAAUCUGAAGAAGAUGAAGAUUAUAUUCCGUCAGAAGACUGGAAAAAGGAAAUCAUGGUGGGCUCCAUGUUCCAAGCUGAGAUUCCAGUUGGCGUUUGUAGAUACAAAGAAAAUGAAAAGGUAUAUGAAAAUGAUGAUCAGCUUCUGUGGGACCCAGAAUAUUUACCAGAAGAUAAAGUGAUUGUAUUUCUUAAGGAUGCAUCUAGAAGAACAGGUGAUGAGAAAGGUGUAGAAGCAAUCCCUGAAGGAUCGCACAUAAAAGACAAUGAACAGGCUUUAUAUGAAUUGGUAAAAUGCAAUUUUGAUACAGAAGAAGCCUUGAGAAGAUUGAGGUUUAAUGUCAAAGCAGCUCGUGAGGAAUUAUCUGUGUGGACAGAGGAAGAAUGUAGAAAUUUUGAACAAGGGCUGAAGGCCUAUGGAAAAGAUUUUCAUCUGAUUCAGGCUAAUAAAGUCCGAACAAGAUCAGUUGGUGAAUGUGUAGCAUUCUAUUACAUGUGGAAAAAGUCUGAGCGUUAUGAUUUCUUUGCUCAGCAAACAAGGUUUGGAAAAAAGAAAUAUAAUCUUCAUCCUGGUGUAACGGAUUACAUGGAUCGUCUUUUGGAUGAAAGCGAAAGUGCUGCUUCUAGCCGAGCACCGUCCCCUCCCCCCAGCCAGUCGGAGAAAGAAGAUGGCACUGUCAGCAAUAGUAAUCAAAAUGGUAUGUCAUCUAAUGGACCAGGUGAAAUACUAAACAAAGAAGAAGUAAAAGUUGAAGGCUUGCAUGUUAAUGGACCAACAGGUGGAAAUAAGAAACCUCUGCAUACAGAUAUGGACACUAACGGUUAUGAAGCAGAUAACCUGAGCACUGACCCCAAACUUGCCCAUAUGACUGCAAGAAAUGAAAAUGAUUUUGAUGAAAAAAAUGAAAGACCUGCCAAAAGGCGGCGGAUAAACAGCAAUGGGAAAGAAAGUCCGGGUUCAUCUGAAUUUUUCCAAGAAGCAGUCUCACAUGGAAAAUUUGAGGAACGUGAAAACAUAAAUGACUAAGUCUUAGGCCUAUUUUGCUUCCUUUGCAGUAAAUUCUGGUGUGACUACAAUUUUCAGGGUUGGGGGGUGACCUUUAGAAAGCUGAUUUCCAUGAAGCAGUUGGUUAAGUCAUGGCAUUUGAGUUGAGUCCUAACGUUAAGAAAUGGGAUUCAUAACCUCA